AUGGUGGUCGUGGUAUUAAAGAAAAGAAAUAUCAGGAUUUUGAUAAUCACUAUCUUGUUGUUGGGGUUGACAUUAACAGUAUUGAAAUCUACUACUACAAGCGUUAUCCCUACAUUCAAUUCAGUAACUGAUGAUUCAGAUUCCAUUAUUCAUGAGAUUAAUGAUUACAAUAGUAACGAUGCCAAGCAAAUUAAUGUUCCUAUAAAUAAUGAUAUUAAUGAUAUAUCAGUACAGGAAAGUUCCAACAACAAAGAAGCGGCUAUAAAACAAGACCAAAUGAUAGAACAACAACAACAACAACAACAGGAGAUUGAACCUCUAAAUGUUUCUGCUAUCGAUAUUGAGAAGGAAUAUGCAGAAAUUCUAAACCUUGGCCCGAUAAUUAUGUUUAGUAAAACAUAUUGCCCAUAUAGUCAUAAAUUGAAAAAUCUGUUAUCUGAUCAUUUUGAGUUUGAUCCACCAAUUAUAUUCAUUGAAUUAGAUCGACACCAAAAAGGCGCUGAAUUACAAGAGUAUAUAGGAAGAGUUACAGGGAGAACAACAGUACCAAACCUAAUGAUUAAUGGGGAGUCUAGAGGUGGAUUUGAUGACAUUAAUAAAUUAUUCAAUUCAGAGACUUUAUAUGAUAGUUUAGUUAAAUGGUGUGAUAAUAAGCUUACAGUUAGAAAGAGAUUGGUACCACUAUCGCAAAAAUAA